UGCCGUGUGUUGUUUUGUUGUGUAGCUUGUGCAGCUUGCGUCUGUUGUACUUGUCAUUCACAUCCCUGGAAUUCCCGAGCUCCAGAGAACGAGCGGCUCGACUCAGACGUUUGACCCUGAAAUCGCGUCCUUGUCGCCGGGGAAAGGUUCGAGGGGCCGUCGCUUGUUGUCGGAGCCGGAGAAGUGUCGAGGGAAGCGGCCGCUGCGGACCCCGGGAGGAUGCAGAUGUGAAGUCAGACGCACGCCACCUCCUUCUGCAGCCCCCCCGCACUGAGCGACCUCCUCUUCAUCCCCCUCCAUCGUCUCCAUACAUGCGUUUACAUGAAGAGAGGGGAGAAACCCGAAGGAUACCGACAGAUGAGGCCCAAAACGUUUCCCGCCAGCAACUACAGCGGCAACAGCCAGCAAAUGCUGCAGGAAAUAAGGAACAGCCUGCGCAACCUGUCCAAACCCUCGGAACCACCGAAAGUGGAUCAAGGCGGAGCUGGGAAAAUGGUCCCUGAGGAUCCGAGGCAGCAAGGGCGCUGCAUCAACCCCAAGAACCCGUACCACAAGGCCCUACAGGAGAUCCGCAAGUCCCUGAUGCCCUUUGCCAAUGAACCCAACAGCUCCGGCCCCGAGGCGAACAAACACAUGUCGCUGGAAGCCCCGUGCAUCGGGUUCGAGGAGCAGAGCAACAGUCGUAAUGUGGGGGUGUCUUUAGACUACAUGGGUAAGGUGACCUAUCAGGACGCAAUGAGGGAUCAGAUGGUCGUUUCCAACCCCAACACAACGGGCCUGAAAGCCCCUGGUCCUUCCCAUAUGCAACAGUCCGUGCUGAGGAGGCCGAGCUGGAAAGGCUCUAAGGAGUCUCUGGCUCCUCGACACGGUCCCAUCAUGGUCGAUGGAAUAAUGUACCGCUCCGACAGCCCCGGGCCACCUCCUGCCUUCCCCCAGGGUCACCCUGCGAACAACCAGAGGGUCAACCCUCCGCUGCCACCUCAGGUGCGCAGUGUGACGCCUCCACCAAAUCGCGGUGCCAUGCCUCCUUCAACUUCCUGGGACAGCAACCCGUCAACCAAGCGCUACUCUGGUAACAUGGAUUACCUGGUGCCCCGUAUCUCUCCCGUACCCCAGGGGGCCUGGCCUGAUGGCUACUCAGCUGCAGCCUCUCAGAACCAGCGUGGGAUCAGUCCAGUGUCUGUGGGCCACCAGCCCAUCAUAAUGCAAAGUUCUGGAGGGAGUAAGUUCACCUUCCCCUCCAGCUGGACCCAGAAUGGCUCCCCUCAGCCAGACUACAUGGCAGGGAACAGCCGACAGCCCCCUCCCCCAUACCCAGUCAACCAGAGCAGUCGGCACAGUCCCACUGAUCAGAUGGGAGGACCCGCAUCCUCUCCCUCUUACUUAAACGGUGGAAACAUCCCUCAGUCCCUGAUGGUACCCAACCGGAACAGUCACAACCUUGAUUUGUGCAACUUAGGCCCUCCUCAGUCCUGGUCUCAGCCCCCUCUGGUCCCCAAUCAGCCUCAGUCCUCCUCCGGCAACAGCAGCAACCAGGAUCUGUCCCCAUCGUGGCAACACAACAUGCCAAUCCGCUCCAACUCCUUCAACAACCACCAGCUGAACGGCAGAGCAGCGCACCUGGCCAGCUCCCAGCCCUCAGCCAGCACAGUCACUGCCAUCACCCAAGCUCCCAUCCUGCAGCCAGUCAAAAGCAUGCGUGUUCACAAACCUGAGUUACACACCGCUGUGGCGCCCACGCAUCCUCCAUGGCUGCAGCAGGCUCCACCACCUCCAGCUGCACCUGCCUACCAGGAACCCCCAGCUCCUGUUCCUCAGAUCCCUGUGGUAGCAGAAGUACCCAGCUACCAGGGUCCUCCUCCACCCUACCCUAAGCACCUCCUCCAGCAGGCGCCCGCACCUUUACCCCCAGCGUACGAUCCAGGCGCCAACAAGCUCGGCUCUGGCAGGGACGAGCCGGCUGAGGAGGAGAGCAGCGGAGGUGACAACUCCAGAGACAAGACGGCAGAAAACGGCAAAAACGCCACAGCGACAGAGAAGGAGAAUAAACAGAUCACGACAUCGCCCGUUCCCGUCCGCCGUAACAAGAAAGACGAGGAGCCGAGGGGAGAGUCGGGCAGGAUCGCUCUCUACUCCCCUCAGGCCUUCAAGUUCUUCAUGGAGCAGCACGUGGAGAACGUCCUGAAGAACCAUCAGCAGCGGAUCAGACGGAGGAAGCAGCUGGAGAGUGAGAUGAACCGGGUGGGUCUGUCUUCAGAAGCCCAGGAGCAGAUGCGUAUGAUGCUCUGUCAGAAAGAGUCCAACUACAUCCGGCUAAAGCGAGCCAAGAUGGACAAGUCCAUGUUCAAACGGAUCAAGACCCUUGGCAUCGGCGCGUUCGGCGAGGUGUGUUUGGCCAGAAAAGAGGACACGGGAGCUCUGUAUGCCAUGAAGACGCUCCGCAAGAAGGACGUGCUGCUGAGGAACCAGGUGGCCCACGUGAAGGCCGAGAGGGACAUCCUGGCCGAGGCCGACAACGAGUGGGUGGUGCGUCUCUACUACUCCUUCCAAGACAAGGACAACCUGUACUUUGUCAUGGAGUACAUCCCCGGAGGAGACAUGAUGAGUCUUCUCAUCCGACUCGGCAUCUUCAAAGAGGAGCUGGCUCAGUUUUACAUCGCAGAGCUCACCUGCGCCGUGGAGAGCGUCCACAAGAUGGGCUUCAUCCAUCGGGACAUCAAACCCGACAACAUCCUCAUCGACAGAGACGGACACAUAAAGCUGACCGACUUCGGUCUCUGUACUGGUUUCCGCUGGACGCACGACUCCAAGUAUUACCAGAGCGGCGACCACGUGCGGCAGGACAGCAUGGACUUCAGUAAGGAGUGGGAAGACCCGACUAACUGCCGCUGCACCGACCGGCUGAAGCCCCUGGAGAGGAGGAAGGCCCGGCAGCACCAGCGCUGUCUGGCUCACUCGCUCGUGGGGACGCCCAACUACAUCGCACCGGAAGUGCUGCUCCGAACAGGAUACACGCAGCUCUGUGAUUGGUGGAGCGUCGGUGUCAUCCUGUAUGAAAUGGUCGUCGGACAGCCUCCCUACUUAGCGACCACGCCCCUUGAGACGCAGCUGAAGGUGAUAAACUGGAAGAGCACGCUGCACAUUCCCCCACAAGCCAAGCUCAGCCCGGAGGCGUCAGAUCUCAUCGUCAAUCUGUGCCGAGGUCCCGAGGACCGCAUCGGCAAGAACGGCGCGGACGAAAUCAAAGCCCAUUCGUUCUUCAAGACCAUCGACUUCUCCAGUGACCAGCGACAGCAGGUGGCACCGUACAUCCCCACCAUCGCCCACUCCACGGACACCUCCAACUUCGACCCCGUGGACCCGGACAAGCUGUGGAUCAGCGACGGCGACGGCGAGGACAACCUCAACGACACGCUGAACGGCUGGUUCCGCAACGGCAAACACCCCGAGCACGCCUUCUACGAGUUCACCUUCCGCCGCUUCUUCGACGACAACGGCCACCCGUACAGCUGCCCCAAGCCCAUCGAGUACGAGGGCUACGAGGACGAGGCGGAAGCUGAGAGCCCGGCGCAGGAGGCGGCCGGCAGCUCGGCGACACAGGGCCGAGACCUGGUCUACGUGUAGCAGCCGCUUGUACAUAGCGAGUUUGCUGAAGGUGUGUGUGUGUGUGUGUGUGUGUGUGUGUGUGUGUGUGUGUGUGUGUGUGUGUGUGUGUGUGUGUGUGUGUGUGUGUGUGUGUGUGUGUGUGUGUGUGUGUGUGUGUGUGUGUGUGUGUGUGUGUGAGAACAGAACGGCAUUCAAAACCUUAAACAUAGGAAGUUUGUUAUAAGGACGAGUCAGAGAUCAAAUAUUCACACAGCGACUUAAAGGAACAGUUAAAACACUAAUUAGCUUUUUCACCGAGAGCUCGAUGACAAGAUUUCUGCGUCUCGUGUUUGUACGAUAAAUAUGAAGCUGGUUAGCUUAGCAGAAACACUGGGAACUGUGGGACUCUGAAAAUCUGCCUGUCAGCACAUUAAAGGUCUCAGCCUGAAGGAUUAUUGACUUUGUUUUGUCAAUACAACUUAGUGUUUCCCAUUAGCAACAUAGACUUCGGGGCUUUAGUCCAAUUUGUCCCACGGUCUCAUAAUCCAUCUAUUAUCUAUUCCACUUAUCUUGUUUAGGGAUGUGGGAGCUAAACACUAAAAACUGAAAUUUGGACACGGAGAGGCGACGUAUUCAAACGACCAACACUACAAAACCCAACGUUCAGUCAUCUAUGAUAAAGAAAAGCAUCAUAUCCUCACAUUUGCUUUGAAAUAUUACUAGAUUACCACAACUGUGGUUUCUGUUCGGGAUCAAACACGUUAAACCAGCAGGUUUAAAGGUUUUUCAAUCUUCUCCUCUCACCUCCUGAAGCCUGUUCCUGUCGCGUGCUGGAGUUACACUGUGUUUUUCUGCCUGACAAAGAAAAGUCGGGGUUCUGUUUCUCUGACUUAACCCGAACCCCCUUAAAGCCUUAAUUUAUUUAAGAGAAUUGUAACUGGUGACGUUAGUGUAGCUGCUGUUUGAGUGUGGGACUUAUUCUUCUGUUGGUUUAAAAAAAAAAAAAAAGAAUAGAAAAUCGUCUUAAUUUAUAUUUCACUGUCUGUCGCGAUGGGGGUGUAGUGAUGUAGAAGUUUGCAGGGAGAAAACCGCUCUAAUUAUUCAUUGCUGUGCCUUUUUUUUUUUCUUUCACCAAAUAUAAAGAGGGUUAAUAAUCAGACUUUAAAAUGAGAGUAGCAGUAGCGUGAUUGAUCUACACUAGUUGUUUUAUUUUUCUAAUUUAUACGUAAAAAAAAUGUAUUUAUAAAUUAAGUUGUACACAGUUGAUGUAAAUAUGUUUCUCUUCCGUCAGCUGCUUCGUUUUGUUUCCUUAGGGCAGGCCCUCGUCAGUGUCACUGCUGCUGCCUCCAUGUUGUCUUCCUGUCUCGUAACAAACACUAAUUCACACCACUCAGCGUAGAGUUAAAACCUUCUUGUAAAACGUUUAUUCUCAUUUCUCAACCAAAGCACUAAAUAGGUGUUUUUUUGUGACUUUUUGUUUUUAGAAAAUAACACUGCAAGAAGAAAGAUGACAUUAUUUCAGUAUCGAGCAGAAAUGCCUAUCUUUCACACUUCCUGUCUUUGAGCAACACGACGGCCGACUUGCGUCACGUGACGAGUUCUUUGUGCGUCUGAAGUAAAAGUGGAAAACACAAACUGAUGGUUCUGUAAACCCGCUGUACUUUGUUCUUUGUGUUGAGGAGAUUCUCUCUGAAUGUAGUUGUUAUGGACUUGAUGGUGAUUCUGCACUGCUCCUGUGUUUUCAUUGCUAAGUGAGAGAAUUUUUAUUUUUGUGUACAUUACUGCUGCGGGAGGUUUGGGUUCAGGGACGAGGUGAUAAAUAAAGAAUGUAAAGAACAAAACAUGUUUCACAUCCA